AUGACCCGGUCUCCUCCACCUUGGCCGGCGGCAUCCGAGCCCUCCACCACCUCCCUCUCCGUUACACACCUACCCACGAGUGACCUGAGCGGGACGCAAAGCGCAGCGGCUACGUGCGGCCGCGUCACACCUGCGGCAGCUGCCGCCGGAGCACCCCCCGGUACGACCACAACCGUCACCACCGCAAACACGUCGCCACUUGCCGCCACCGCAAGUGGCAUCACGGCGCGCCAUGGGCUCCGUCCUCCCAGCGCCACGGAGACGCCGUUGGCCCAGACGCGCCGGGUGCUUCGAGUAGCCAACCUCGCCGCGCUGCACAUGGACUCGUUUGAGUCGGACGUCUCUUCAGAGAUACUUUUGGAGACUGGGCGGCUGAGGGCAGCCCCUGCGGCUCGCGGUUCAGGCCUGACAGCAGCGGCGGCGACGGCGCGAGCGGCUGCGCCGCCGACACCAGCGGCGGCGGCGGCAGCGCCUGCCGCGCAGCAGCCUUUGUCCUCGGUACUUCCCCUAGUGACCACACCGGGCGAUGACUCCGAUGAGUUUUACGCUCCACCAUCAUCCUUUGUGGGACCGCCGGUGCAGGUGCAGGUGCAUGCGACUGAGGGGACUGUGCAGGCUCGACGCGCGCCGGGGUGGGUGAUCCCGGGUCCCGUGGCGACGUGGCGUCCGGACUCUGCUUCUACCGGCCGUAGAGAGCUAAGAACGCUGCAACAGGAAGACCUACCACCAUCAUCACAACAACAACAACAACAGCAACAGCAGUUUCAGCAACAGCACCAUCACCAGCAGGAGCUGCCGCAGCGCCCCUCACCAGGCACGACUGGCGGCUGGGUUGCCGUUACCGAUGUUGCUGCUCUUGCGGCUGCGCAGGAAGUGAAGGACAGUGUCGAUGGCGGCGAGGCCGGCGCCACUGACGGCGCCACUGCGCCACUCGGUCCUCAUGAACACUUUUCUGGUCACGGGCAUGGGAACAGCGGCAGCGGCGCCAUACCCGUGGGGGAUGGGUUUAGUAAUCCUGGCUGUAGCGCUGGCGAUGUUGGCGGUGGCGGAGCAGCCGACGGCGGCGGCGAUGGCGAAAUAGGUGUUACUGCAGACGGCGUGGAGCCCUUGGGUCGGGCUGCUGCUGUCAAUGACGGCGGUUUCGGAGGUGGUGGAGUCAGCGUGCCAAGUAGCACCGCCCCGAGCAUCGCCAUUUCCGAUCAGAACGCCGCCGGCACCGCCACUGGUGGUGGCGGCGGCAACGACGACCUCUGCGGCGGCGGCGGCGGCAGCAAUAAUAUCCCGGCGUCUGACUCCGGCGCCGGCAAAAACAACAACAACGAUGACAGUAACAAAACCAUCCGCGUUCCCGACAACCGUUAUCAUCCAGCCCUAGGUCGUCAUGCCUCAGCUCGAACCUUCUCCGGCCCACGCAACCCGGCGGCUCCAUUCCAGGGCCGCGGCCCCGGCGUGCAUCCCAGCUCCGACCCGGGGGAGGCCCCCAGGGGCUGCCCGUGGCGGGUGCCCCGGAGCACUUGGCCGUCGGCUUUUCGCAGCCACACGGAUCUGGGCCGCUUGGCGUGGCUGCAGCCGCCGUCGGCUGGCAGCGGUGGCGGCCGUGGAGGAGGCAGCAGCGGCAGGGGCGGCGGCGGCGGCGGCGGCGGUCGCGGUUUGACCCUUCAGAUGAAGGACUUCAGCCGAGUGAUGGACUCCGAAGCGCAGCAGGGAGCUGUCCCGCAGCCGUCGCUACAGGAACCAGUGUACCGACCAGCAUGGCGGCCGCCGCCGCCUUUACAGCUGCCGUCGCCGUCAGAGGCGCCGCUACAGGGCCCUGAUGCGGAAUGGCAUGCCGCGGCGGCGGCGGGGGGGGAUGUAAGAGAGGACGGGGGUCCAUACCGUGAAGGAGAAGGACCCGUGGACCCCAGGCCGUUGCAGUUGGGCACGGCGACGCGGCCCUUGUCGCACGGUUUUCACGGAGCAGCAGCAGGAGCUGACGUGUUGCGGGAUGUCGGGAUGUCUGCUGGCUCGGGGAAAGGACCUGGACAGACCGGGGGGAAAGGAUCCUCCCUCCCGCCGUCACACUCACAUCCGGAUGCACAACGACGGCCCUGGACAGCCGCGCCGGAGCCAUCGGGCUCAUUGGGCAUCAACCUUGCAGUGGAGUCAUCUGACCGGCCAUCUGCGCCCGCCAUCCCCGUGCCGACUCACCCCCAGUCGUCGCCAUCGGCCUUUCCCCAGCUUACUCCCUAUUCAUCCCAUGUCCCGUUUCCGCCGUUUCCGCCGCUGGCGGCGGCAGUGCCUGGCAUAUCCCCCGGCGGUAAGGGGGGUAUGGUCGACUCGGCCGCGCUGACAGAGCUAUGGGAGUUCCUACACGGCGGCCAUUCCAGAGGUGGCGGCCCCGUGGCCGCGCCGGCAGCCGGGUCUGGAAGCUGCUCUUCCGUAGCCGACGAGGCAUCGUAUGAGGACGUGUGGCCGCCGAACGCAUGGACACGGACCCGCAUUCGGCAGGAGCCAGUGCCAACGGCUAGGGGCUUUUCCCAACAACCUUCGCCAUCCCCGGAUACCACACCACCACCACCAACAACAACAACACCUCAUUACCCGAGCUUCUUAACCUCGAAGACGUCCGGCCUGCCCCGUCCUCGUCCUUGCCCACGGUCGCCCCACUCCAAUUUCGCGCCAUACGUUCAGUCCCUUUACCUUCUCUGUCCAGUGGUCAUUGCCGCGCUGGUGGUAGUGGUGAUGGUGAUGGUGAUGGUGGCGGCGACCAUCUCUCCCAUAAUCCACCAGCUCAUCCUUGGAACAGCCAUCAUCACCACCAGAACCACCACCAACAACGUCAAUAUCAACAACAUCGUCCGAAUCAUCAUCAGUAUUACGACCAUUACCACGACCACCAUCGCGGCGAUGCGAGGGGGCCAGGACCCCCAACUACUACUACAACUGCCGCCGCUCUUGCCGCCGCCAGACCUCCCGGAGGUGCUGCUCCUGGAGGCAGUGGUAGUGGUGGUGGAGGUGGUGGUGGUGGUGGUGCUUUUGGAUCGAGUGAUGUUGCGGCAGCGCUGCUGCGCGGGCGGAGCUGAGUUGGGACGCAUCGUCUGUAGAAGGAGGACGACAGAGGCGCGACGGCUGGCAAGGGCCAGGACCAGUCUGUGGCUUGGGGCCGGACAGCAACGGAGGCAGGGACAGGGACAAGAGCGCAAUACCGGCGCAGAGGCGGCCGCGCCGUCGCAGGUCGCACCGCCGCAGGUGCAAGUCAACGUCAACCUGGAUGCAAGCUCCCUCAGUGACGUGUUCUCGCAGUGCCUGCAAGCCGCAGUGCCUGCGGUGUGCGCCGCGGCGGCGGCGGCAGCGGUCCUGGGCCAAGGGGCGUUGCAAGCUUCGCUGGCCGGCCGGCCGGUCCUGCCCGAAGGCGGUGGUGGCGAUCCUGUCGCUGCGUUGGCGGUUAAUACUGCCAGGGAGCUGCUGCCAGCCCGAGCGACGACGACGAAAGGGGCACCACAUCCCGACGGCAAGCGCCUGGAGCUCGGCCCCAGUUUAGGACUCGGCCUAACCCCUGGCUUAGCAGCCGCUUGCAACGCAGCCACACAGACCGACUCGCCGCCCUGUAAUGUGGAAGCACAAACCAAGCUGCUCCAACCAGCAUCUGCCGACACCGUCGCCGCCAUGAGCACCACCAACGCAACCACAAGCGCCGGCAAUGCCAGGUCGCAUCAGGAGCCUCCUCUUCAUCCUUGGCGCGGAUUUCCAGUCGCCGCAGCAUCCAUGAUGCCCAGUGAUGAUGGCGUCUGCGGCGGUCCAGCGCCUCCGCUGGGUAUCGUGCCUCCUCUGUUCAACUCUGCCUCGCCAGCGUACAGUGAACUGCUCCGGAGGACUGCCAUGGCCACGCCAGCCGUACCGACGGCGGCGGCGGCAUCCACCGACGCGGCGUUAGCCGCGUCCAUGAACUUGAAGAAGAACAUGGCGCAAGGGCAGCCGUGGACUUCGGGUGGUGGUUCAUGGUGGUCUCCUAGGGACGCGCCGUCCCUUUCCGUGAGCUCCUCCCCAGAAAGGGUCGGUACUUCGGCUUCGGGCGAGGUGGGGAAGGGGACGGCCGUCUCCGAUUGUCACAUGGGCCCGGCGGCGGCGUUAGCUGCGUCGCCGUUGCGGGUCUCCGCGUCGCUGUCGAGUUUGCUUACACCCGCGAUUAGCCAGGCGGCGACAACAAUGCCGCCGUCUGUCGGAGCCGUCACCGCAAGAGCCGAGGGGCUGCAACAUCAUGGCGUUCUGACCGCGGCUGCUACUUCGACGGUGACGGCCUCGGCGGUGGUUGACCGGGGCCCGGUGUUCCAUAGCCAGGCAGCCGCCAGUCUGUUCGAGGAGUGCCGACGGGAGAUUCACAAGCGGGCCGCCGAAGGGCAGGCGGGCUUGAUGGUGCCAUGUACGACAGCCGUUACCAGCGUCAGCGGUGUACGGUCGCCACAUGUUCGGCACGCUGGUGGUCAAGCAGGUCAUCGCUUCAUCGCUGGCGGCGGCGGUGGUGGGAGCAAGCCAACGCCUGCGGAACCCAUGAGCUACACCGUCGGUUCACCGGACGUGAAACGCCGACGGUUGACAUUGGCUGGAGAGAACGGUGGGGGGCCGGUGGCGUACGGUGCCACAGCCGGGACCGCUCCACAGCUUGGCUGUGGGCCGUUCGCGCGGCCAUCUUCGUGUGUCGGCGUGGCUGACGCGAUGUGCUUAAAUCCUAUCCUCCUCCGUUAUGCGCCGCCAUCAAUAGCUAGUCUGGAGCAGCAGAACGGAGUUGCUGCUGGGGCUAGGGGUUCAAUGCAGUCGCAGUUACUGGCUGGCAGGCCCGAUGUGCCAGUGUGGCAGCAGCCGCAAGUUGUCGGAUUUCCAACACCGAUGGCCAACACGGCGCCACAUUUACUGGGCCUGUCCGAGUUCGCUGAUCGGAUGAUGUUUGACGUGGAUGGACUGAGAUUAGGUGGAGCGUUCACAACAUUUAAGGUUGUUGGCUUGGGGGCUGCCACGCACGCGGAAGGUGAUGGCGAGGUCCCUGGCGCGUUGUUUGAGGGAAGCUGGGAGACCGAGGCGGAGAAGCUGAGACACAUGGAGUACUCACAGAAUGGAACGGACGCUGCACUAGCUGCAGAAGAAGCGGCCACCGACGCGCGCGGCGGUAUGGAAUUGGUGGCCUCUCCGCAAAUGCAUAACCAGCAGUCAGAAAUGCUCCUGCGCUUUUUGGAUAGCCUCGACCAGCGCCCGAUUUAA